AAAUUGCUCCUUCCUAAAUGUUAAAAUGGAAAUUGCUCCUUCCUAAAUGUUAAUUAACCUUGACACCACACCGAGCGCCCUCCUCUUCUCCUGCUCAUUUCCGAACGCCUAUUUAUGACCUCGCCCGUUCCUCUUCCCUACGCUGAUUAUAUCUACUCAUCUUCUCCAUUCUUCUCCACAGCUUCGUCCUCCCCCUAAUCCCAACAAGCAGAGACCAGUUGUGCGUUGAGAAGGAAGGAUUAGCAGCCGAGGAAGAAGCAGAGCAGAGCAAUGGCAGGAGGAGACAACCUGCAAGUGCUGCACGCGCUGGACGCGGCGAAGACGCAGUGGUACCACUUCACCGCCAUCAUCGUCGCCGGCAUGGGCUUCUUCACCGACGCCUACGAUCUCUUCUGCAUCUCCCUCGUCACCAAGCUCCUCGGCCGCAUCUAUUACUUCGACCCGACCUCUGAAAAACCGGGCACGCUGCCGCCCAACAUCUCCGCCGCCGUCAACGGCGUCGCCUUCUGCGGCACGCUCUCCGGCCAGCUCUUCUUCGGCUGGCUCGGCGACAAGUUGGGCCGCAAGAAGGUGUAUGGCAUGACUCUCAUGCUGAUGGUCAUCUGCUCCGUGGCUUCCGGCCUCUCCUUCGGCCACACCGCUAAGGGCGUCAUGGCCACGCUCUGCUUCUUCCGCUUCUGGCUCGGUUUCGGUAUCGGCGGAGACUACCCGCUCUCCGCCACCAUCAUGUCCGAGUACGCCAACAAGAAGACGCGCGGCGCCUUCAUCGCCGCCGUCUUUGCCAUGCAGGGCUUCGGCAUAAUCACCGGCGGCAUCGUCGCCCUCAUAUUCUCCGCCGGUUUCAAUAGCAGGUUCGACGCGCCGCCUUACGCGGUGGACCGCGCCGGCUCGACCGUGCCCGAAGCCGAUUACGUCUGGCGAAUCAUUCUCAUGCUCGGCGCUGCGCCGGCGGUGCUGACCUACUAUUGGCGGAUGAAGAUGCCGGAGACGGCGCGGUACACCGCCUUGGUGGCGAAGAACGCGAAGCAGGCGGCCGCCGACAUGUCGAGGGUCCUCCAGGUGCAAAUCGUGGAGGAGCAGGAAAAGGUGGAGCAGCUGACCUCGAAGAAGGCGAAUAACUUCGGACUCUUCUCGAGGGAGUUCGCCCGGCGCCACGGCCUGCACCUCCUCGGCACCACCACCACCUGGUUCCUCCUCGACAUCGCCUUCUACAGCCAGAACCUGUUCCAAAAGGACAUCUUCAGCGCCAUCAACUGGAUCCCCAAGGCCGCCAGCAUGAACGCCAUCGAGGAGGUGUACCGCAUCGCCCGCGCCCAGACCCUCAUCGCGCUCUGCGGCACCGUGCCGGGCUACUGGUUCACCGUCGCCUUCAUCGACAUCAUCGGCCGGUUCACCAUCCAGAUCAUGGGCUUCUUCUUCAUGACCGUCUUCAUGCUCUGCCUCGCCGUGCCCUACCACCACUGGACCACGCCGGGCAACCACAUCGGCUUCGUCCUCAUGUACGCCUUGACCUUCUUCUUCGCCAACUUCGGGCCGAACAGCACGACGUUCAUCGUGCCUGCGGAGAUCUUCCCGGCGCGCCUGCGGUCGACCUGCCACGGCAUCUCGGCGGCGGCGGGGAAGGCCGGGGCCAUCGUGGGGGCGUUCGGGUUCCAGUACGCGGCGCAGAGCAGGGACCCAGCGAAGCGCGACAAGGGCUAUCCGGCCGGCAUCGGCGUCCGGAACGCGCUCUUCGUGCUGGCCGUCUGCAACCUACUGGGCCUCCUCUUCACUUUCUUGGUGCCGGAGUCGAAGGGGAAGUCUCUGGAGGAAAUGUCCGGCGAGAACGAGGGCGAGCAGGAGACGGAAGCCGCCGCAGCUCCCAGCAAAACAAUCCCCGUUUAGGAUUUUUUUUUGUCAUUUUAUUAUGAAAGACAACACUUUGGUCUCUCCUGCUGUACCCGCUGAAGGUGUUCAUCGUUUAGCAACUAAAACUUGGUAGUCGGUCGCUGGUAUGCAAAUAGCAGUCUGCUAAUAUAAAUAAACAAUCGAUCUUUGUGUCUUA